AUGAUCGGUGAUGAGGAUGUGAAUUCAAGCGCGACCAUCAAUCUUGCGAGUGGCCGGAGUGUGACAACCCGUUUGGUAAUUGGAGCCGACGGAGCGAAUUCGUUCGCCCGGCGUAGUGCCGGACUUGAGCAUGUGGGAUGGAAUUAUGCACAGGGAGAG